GAACGAUACACGUUCUACGCGCGUCUCUGUCGAUUUCACCCUUCCGGUCCACCACCGAGCGCGUAGAAUACGCGCGUAAACAGGUGGCAGCGUGACGUGACAUUCUACCGUGUUCCAUCGACAGUGUUAUCAAAAGUACCUAUAUAGUUAUUAUUAUAAUAAAAUCGUGUUUCCGUUUGCCGUGGGAUUUUCAAAGUGGCGCGUCGCGUUCGAAAGAGACCGGCAAGCGUCGUCGAGCAGCGCGUCUCGGUACCCUCUGUUUCGGCUGACGAUCAUCGGAAGCCCGGUUCCAUCGGAAUAAUACCCCGGAUAAGUGUACACGGGGUGAUCGAUGAACGAUCGAGAACAUGAAUCGACAUAGGUGCGAGGUGACACUGGCACGAUAAAAAGGCACAGAUGAGAUACGGCAACGCCCCGUACCCGAAACGACCCGGUCGACCGUCAUGGCCAGCUCGUCGGCGAUCCGACGUAACACAGGAUAGAGGCAAUUUGUGCGAAUUUAAGAGAGUUUAAAGUACACGCUGUCACGCGACGCGAAUCGACAUUGGAACGAUCGUGCAUGGAUUACACGAGGACGAUUCUGGCGUCGAAGUGAACCGCGUCCCGGCGUCGAAAAGUGACGACGCGAAAGACCGUGAGAAAAGGAGCAGAGCGCGGCCCUGGCUGGCUUUGCCUCUCUAAAGAACGGACCACCCGUCAGAUCGCUAUGCUUUCUCUUUCUUUCUAUCUCUUCUCUUUUUAACGUUGACGUAUAGAAUUUAUAAUAGUUUGUUGUACGCUUGGUAUAUAGUUUAUUUGACUUUCCUACUUGACACCAGUGCCGCACCAAGCACCACGGGUCAUUCGGACAAUUACGUGCAAUCAUUUGGAACGCCGCGCACCGACGGCUUCUCUUUCGGUCCAACUUCUUUCUUAGGGUACGAAACAUUGAAAUUUCAAAAAUGGAGUUAUCGAUAAGGUGCUUCGUAUAUCGGGGUGAAAAUGCCCGUGAUGGAAUUGAAUCGGUGAUCAAUUUUCGAUAAAAGGACAUAUACUGACCGUGGACGACAUUAGUUUCUGCUCCUUUGAGAAACCGUGCUUUCUCGAUAUCUUUGAAUGAUCAUUGCUCAACGACUGUUCGAAGUUUGUGAUACGAAUACCAGUGCAAUCGACGCCGUGUAAACUUGUGCAUUUUCUAUUUACAUGUACCGCGUGUGAACGUAAGUGUGAGGUGUAUAUACGUGGAUGUGUUUAUAUAUGUAUAUCAAUAGUGAGAUCGGUAAGGGAGGAUUUCAGAAAAAGGGAUAGGGUGUUUUUGAAGUUAAUGACGAUGGUGAUCGAUGGGAAUGGAAUAAACGCACGGUGUGUGUUCGUGAAAAUAUGAGGACAUCGUCCGACUGCGAGCCGAGGGAAUCAAUUUCGAGAGAAAAUGUAUCUCACGCGCGUGUUCUUGGUUGUUCUACUGGCUGCCAGCUCGAGAUGCAUGUGCUCGAGCGGCUACACUGGCCAGAAUUGCGAGAACGAGUAUAUUCCCUGUGAUCCAUCGCCGUGUAAAAAUGGAGGCACGUGUCGUCAAAUCGACAAUUUGGAGUACAAGUGCAGUUGCCUAGAGGGUUUCCGUGGCGAGCAAUGCGAGGAAAACAUCGACGAUUGUCCAGGGAAUCUGUGUCAGAACGGUGCGACCUGCAUGGACAGGAUAAACGAAUACUCCUGUCUGUGCCCGCCAUCGUACACGGGCACACAAUGCGAACUCGACGUGGACGAGUGCUCGGUCCGGCCAUCCUUGUGUCACAACGGCGCCACGUGUACCAAUUCUCCUGGCAGUUAUUCGUGCAUAUGCGUGAACGGAUGGACCGGACCCGACUGCAGCGUCAACAUCGACGAUUGUGCAGGAGCUGCAUGUUUCAACGGCGCUACCUGCAUCGACCGCGUCGGCAGCUUCUACUGUCAAUGCACCUACGGCAAGACUGGACUGUUAUGCCACCUGGACGACGCUUGUACAUCGAAUCCUUGUCACGAGGGUGCAAUUUGUGACACCAGCCCCAUCAAUGGGUCGUUUACUUGCUCCUGUGCCACCGGGUACAAGGGGGCUGACUGCUCGGAGGACAUCGACGAGUGCGAGCAGGGAUCCCCUUGUGAACACGAUGGUAUCUGCGUGAACACACCCGGUUCGUUCGCCUGCAAUUGCACGCAAGGAUUCACCGGGCCCAGAUGCGAAACAAACGUGAACGAGUGCGAAUCCCAUCCCUGCCAGAACGACGGUUCCUGUCUCGACGAUCCAGGAACGUUCCGGUGUGUCUGCAUGCCUGGUUUCACCGGCACCCAGUGUGAAAUCGACAUAGACGAAUGCGCGGCAAAACCAUGCCUGAACGGAGGUGUUUGCACCGAUUUAAUAAACUCCUUCAAGUGCACCUGUGCCAACGGUUUCGCUGGCUCUCAUUGCCAGAUAAACAUAGACGACUGUGCAUCGUCGCCGUGCAAGAACGGUGGCAUCUGCCAGGACUCGAUCGCGAAAUACACCUGCGAUUGUCCACCAGGAUUCACAGGAGCCUCCUGCGAGACGAACAUCAACGACUGCCAGUCGAAUCCUUGCCACAGCGGUACCUGCAUCGACGGAGAAAACAGUUUCAGCUGCAAUUGCUUUCCUGGAUUCACCGGCAAAUUAUGCCAAACUCAGAUCGACGAAUGCGAGAGUAACCCUUGCCAAUUUGGAGGAAGAUGCGAGGACAGGAUAAACGGCUAUCAGUGUAUCUGUAGGCCAGGAACUUCCGGUACCAAUUGCGAAGUAAACGUGAACGAAUGUUACAGCAAUCCUUGUAGAAAUGGAGCGAGGUGCAUCGAUGGUAUUAACAGGUAUUCCUGCGAGUGCGAGCCAGGGUUCACCGGGCAACAUUGCGAAACGGACAUCAACGAGUGCGCGAGCAAUCCGUGCGCCAACGGAGGUCGCUGCAUAGACCUGAUAAACGGUUUCCGGUGCGAGUGUCCACGCGGCUAUUACGACGCUAGAUGCUUAAGCGACGUGGACGAAUGCGCGAGUAAUCCUUGCGUGAACGGUGGCACCUGCGAGGACGGGGUGAACCAGUUCAUCUGCCACUGUUUGCCAGGUUACGGUGGGAAAAGAUGCGAGGCGGACAUCGACGAGUGUGGCUCGAACCCCUGCCAGCAUGGAGGCACUUGCAACGAUCAUCUGAACGGAUAUAGCUGCAAAUGUUUGCCCGGCUACGCUGGGACCAACUGCGAAACGAACAUCGACGACUGCGCGAAUAAUCCUUGCCAGAACGGCGGCUCCUGCAUCGACCUUGUCAACGACUACAAAUGUGUCUGCGAACUGCCUCAUACUGGAAGAAAUUGCGAGGAUAAAUUAGAUCCUUGUUCACCAAACAAAUGUCUCCAUGGCGCCAAAUGUUCACCAUCGUCGAAUUUCCUCGACUUCGCCUGCACCUGCUCGGUCGGUUACACGGGCAGACUCUGCGACGAGGACGUCGACGAGUGUAUAAUGACAUCCCCGUGCAGAAAUGGAGCUACCUGUAGGAACACCAAUGGAUCUUAUCAGUGUCUCUGUGCGAAAGGUUACGAAGGUCGGGACUGCAUCAUCAACACCGACGACUGUGCCUCCUUCCCAUGUCAGAACGGCGGUACCUGCCUGGACGGCAUAGGCGAUUACACUUGCCUCUGCGUGGACGGUUUCAGCGGCAAACACUGUGAAAUCGACGUGGACGAGUGUCUCUCGCAGCCCUGUCAGAACGGUGCUGUCUGCAAGGAAUACGUGAACUCGUAUACGUGUCAAUGUCAGCUAGGAUUCUCCGGUAUAAAUUGUCAGACGAACGACGAGGAUUGCACGGACAGCAGCUGUAUGAAUGGCGGCAAGUGUAUCGAUGGUAUCAACAACUAUACAUGCGUCUGCAAACCUGGAUACACCGGGUCGAAUUGCCAAUAUCGUAUCAACGAGUGCGACAGUUCGCCCUGUUUAAACGGAGCCACCUGUCACGAUCAUAUUCAGUAUUACACUUGUCAUUGUCCAUACGGGUACACAGGGGCUAGAUGCGACCAGUACGUGGACUGGUGCGUGGAUAACCCCUGUGAAAAUCAAGCUACGUGCGUGCAGCACAAGAACAAGUACCACUGCAAUUGCUCGCCCGGCUGGACUGGCAAGGUCUGCGACGUGGAGAUGGUUUCUUGCAAAGACGCGGCCAUCAGGAAGGGUGUGCCUGAGAAGAAUCUCUGUAACAAUGGUAGUUGCGAGGAUAUCGGUAACAGUCAUCGUUGCCACUGUCUAGAAGGGUACACCGGUUCGUACUGUCAAGAAGAAGUGAACGAGUGCGACUCUGCUCCUUGCCAGAACGGCGCUACCUGCAAGGAUCUGGUGGGCUCUUACCAGUGUCAAUGCACGAAAGGCUUCCAAGGGCAAAAUUGUGAGCUGAACGUGGACGACUGUAGGCCGAAUCCUUGUCAGAACGGUGGUACAUGUCAUGAUCUCAUCAGCAACUUCAGCUGCUCCUGUCCACCAGGCACUUUGGGCUUCAUUUGCGAAUUGAACGUCGACGACUGCGCCGUAGGCACUUGCCAUAACAAUGGAACUUGCACGGAUAAGGUCGGCGGGUUCGAAUGCAAAUGUCCGCCUGGUUUCGUCGGUCCCAGAUGCGAGGGAGACAUCAACGAGUGCUUGUCUAAUCCGUGCGCAUCACCUGGAACUCAGGACUGCGUGCAACUGGUCAACAACUACCACUGCAACUGCAAACCUGGCUACAUGGGACGACACUGUGAGGUGAAGGUGAACUUCUGCGACAGUUCACCCUGUCAGAACGGUGGAGUUUGCACUGCCAAGCAAGCUGGACACACGUGUCUCUGCCCGACCGACUACUAUGGAAACAACUGUGAAUUCGCAGGUUCUUAUUGCGACAGGGAACCCUGUCUGAAUGGCGGCACUUGCAGAGUGGUUGAAACCGAUGUCGGGUAUAGAUGUUAUUGCCCUCCUGGAACGACUGGAACUCACUGCGAGAUAGAUGCCAGAGACGAAUGCGCGAGCAAUCCUUGCCAACAGUCGAACGCUGUCUGCAAGAACCUCCUUGGCGAUUACGCUUGCGACUGUCCACCCAAGUGGACCGGCAAGAAUUGCGAAAUUUACGACCUUAACUAUGGAGGAGGUAUCUUUGGCAACCCUAACUCUCACGUUCCCAAAACCAUGAAUGCGUAUGACCUUGAUCUGGAACUGGAGAGAAAGAAGUGUAUCGAGAACAGAUGCGAAGAAAAAUCUGGUAACCACCAUUGCGAUGAAGAGUGCAACAGGUACGCUUGCAACUUCGAUGGAAACGAUUGUUCUCUGGGUAUCAAUCCAUGGCGAAAUUGUACAGCUCCCAUCAACUGCUGGGACGUCUUCAUGAACGACGUCUGCGAUGAAGUUUGCAAUAAUGCUCAGUGUCUUUUCGAUGGAAGGGAUUGUGAAAGGAAGUUGGCACCGUGCAAUCCUAUUUAUGACGCUUACUGUCGCAAACACUACGCCAAUGGACACUGCGAUUAUGGUUGCAACAACGAAGAGUGCAAUUGGGACGGACUCGACUGCGACAGAGAACCUCCAUCGCUAGCCGAGGGUGUGAUUUCCGUAGUUGUCAGGAUGGACAUGCAAACUUUCCGCUCGAACAUUGUCGCCUUUCUCAGGGACAUGGGCCACGAGUUAAGAACAACGUUGAGAGUAAAGCAAGACGAGCUUGGUAAUGACAUGAUAUACCCUUGGAAGAGGGAAAGGGAGCCCAGUUUGCAGACCAACUUCGUCGGUAGACCAACUACCAUUUACACCAACACCCAGAGCGGCGUGAUCGCUUAUUUGGAGAUCGACAACAGGAAGUGUACAGUCACCCAAGGAGCGGUAUGUUUCCCUUCGGCCAACGAAGCAGCCGAGUAUCUAGCCGCAACGGCGUCCAAGCAUUCUCUGUCUCGAAACUUCCCGAUCGAGCAAGUCCGAGGUGUGGUGGGUCCGCAGGGUCCGGAAUACCCGGAUACACCAACCAACUACAAAUAUGUCUUCAUCGGUGUGGUCAUCGUGGUGCUUGGAGGGAUGCUGGUCGGCGUUCUGGUUACUGCGCAAAGAAAACGAGCUGUUGGAGUCACUUGGUUCCCAGAAGGGUUCCUCCGCACCAACAGCGGCAGUGGGCAACGUCGAAGAUCCAGAAGAAGAGGGCCGGACGGUCAAGAGAUGAGGAAUUUGAACAAGCAACCAUCGGUGAACUGUAUGGACUUGGACGUAGGAAAUGGACGAGCCCAGCAGUGGUCCGACGACGAGUCUGACCUGCCACCGUCGAAGAGGAUGAGAGCGAUAGAGCCUGGAUACGCGAGUGACCACACAGCCAUAACUGAUUACGAAGAAACGGAGCCCCGAAUGUGGACACAGCAACAUUUGGACGCUGCAGAGAUACGUAGACCAGAUGCUGGAGUGUUGACACCGCCCAGCCUCGAACAUGGUCAAGACGUGGAUGCCAGAGGACCCUGUGGUAUGACACCGCUAAUGGUAGCUGCAGUUAGAGGCGGAGGGCUGGAUACCGGAGAAGAGGAGGACGAGAGCGACGGCACAGCUGCUGUGAUCGCCGAUUUGGUUGCUCAAGGUGCCGAUUUAAAUGCCACCACAGACAAGAGCGGAGAGACGUCUCUUCACCUGGCGGCUAGAUACGCCAGAGCCGACGCUGCGAAGAGGUUGCUCGACGCUGGAGCCGACGCAAAUUCCCAAGACAAUACCGGUAGAACGCCUCUUCACUCUGCCGUAGCUGCGGACGCGAUGGGUGUCUUCCAGAUAUUGCUGAGGAACAGGGCAACGAACUUGAAUGCUCGUAUGCACGACGGCACCACGCCGUUGAUCCUAGCCGCGCGUUUAGCCACCGAGGGUAUGGUGGAGGAUCUCAUUAACGCGGACGCGGACAUUAACGCAGCCGACAACAGUGGUAAAACGGCUCUGCACUGGGCAGCAGCUGUUAACAACGUCGACGCUGUCAAUAUACUUCUCGUUCACGGUGCGAACAGAGAUGCUCAAGACGACAAGGACGAGACACCAUUGUUCCUCGCUGCUAGGGAAGGCAGCUUCGAAGCUUGUAAAGCGUUGCUCGAUACGUUCGCCAACAGAGAGAUCACCGAUCACAUGGAUCGGUUACCAAGAGACGUAGCCAGUGAGAGAUUACAUCACGACAUCGUGAGACUGCUCGACGAGCACGUACCUAGAUCCCCGCAGAUGGUCACCAUGAUUCCAAAUGGUCCUCUCAUGGGAUCUCCAAAUCACCCCCAACUAAUUACACACCCGACUGUGAUCGGUUCAGCCCCGAAACAGGCGAAGUCGAAGAAGCGGCCGAAGACUGGAACAGCGGGGAACCCAAACAGUCCCGACUCGGAAGGCGGAGUGGUAGUGGUGAGGCGAAAGCCGUCGGUAAAGAAGCCACCCGCCAAACGCGGUGCCCAGCCACCGAACCAAGAAAUUCCUCAGGGAGCGGAGGGUGCAGAAGGAAAUUUACCGAGUCCGUACGACAGUGCGAGCCUGUACAGCAACGCUCUGCCUUUAGUGGGUCACACAGCCACGGCGAAACAGCCGCCACCGUACGAGGACUGCAUAAAGGGUCAGUCGAUGCAGGGUCUUCAGCAGUUGGGCCUCGACACGUUCACGACCAACUACGGUCUGCCUAAUUUUCACGACCAACUGUUAGCGCCCCAUCAACGGCAAGCUCAAGGCAUGGUGAACACGUUAUCACCGCCCUACAGUAAUCAGUCUCCGCCGCAUUCGGUGCAGUCGAACAUGACCCUGUCGCCACAGGCGAGUUACAUGGGUUCACCCUCCCCGGCGAAAAGCAGGCCAUCGUUGCCAACCUCCCCUACGCACAUUGCCGCCAUGCGACAAGCGACGCAUCAGAAGCACGGUGGCAUGCCGCCAGUGGGUUUCGACUUUGAGAACCUUCCCUACUCCUCCAGUCAGCAGCAGCAACAACAGCAGCAGCAACAGCAGCAGCAGCAGCAACAACAACAGCAGCAGCAGCAAAUGCAACAAACGCAACAGCAGAUCCAACAGCAGCAGCAACAACAACAGCAACAACAACAGCAACAACAAAGCACGCAACAGCAACAACAACCACAGCAGCAACCCCAACAACAGACGCAACAGUACUACCAGUACUUGACGCCACCGUCUCAUCACUCCGGACCGGACGUGACGCCCCAACAUUUAAUGCAGGCGCCCGAAAGUUUUCCAACACCCUCGCCGGAUAGUCCAGGACACUGGUCCUCCAGUUCUCCUCACUCGAACAGCGAUUGGUCCGAGUGCAUGGCAUCGCCGAACGCGUACGGCGCCGGGGCUGCCCACCAAAGUAACAAAGGCUCCGAGGCGAUCUACAUAUGAAGCCGGCGAUGCUCUCUUGCUCGCACGAGUAGAUCGUGAGUCGUGUUAAGCGCACAUGAACUGCCUGUGAUUGACUCGUCGAGUUCGAGGGUGUUUGUCGCCUAUGUUUCUCUCAUUUUUUAUUUUUAUUGUAGCAUCUUUGUUGUUGGUAUCUUUGCGAGGGAUCCGCGAGUGCGACGAAUCGCAACGCUCUAUCUCGUUGUCUUUUUCUCCUGUAAGGUGAAACGGGUUAGAUAUCGGCGUUCUUCGUCUUCACGAGAAAUGCGUACACUACCCACGGCUGCUAUAUAUAUAUAUAUAUAUUUAUAAAUAUAAAUAUAGACGAGUAAUUUUUUAUAUAUGUAUAUGUAUGCGAGGAGGUAAAAUUCUCUUCGGAUCGGAAACACGCCGUUUUACGUGCUCGUUCAACGAUUGUGCCUUCUUCCCAGACAUAUUUUGUCCACUUUGCUCUGGUGGUUAACACGCGGAUCAACGAACAAUGGUGCCUUCGACUUGCCACAGUGUGAAGACCCCCACCCGUAGAAAGUUUCCUUUUUUUAAUAAUCGUAAUUAAAUAAAUAAAUAUAUAUAUAUAUUUUUCACACUCUGUUUCUUCAUGUGCGCAUACACGUGUGUAAUUGACUGUUGCAUAGAGGAAUCGACGAGACUCGGAUGUGUCCUUAAUGCAAUUCUGAAUUAUAUACUUUCAUAUAAAAGUUAUCCGAACAAUGGAACACGAGGGUCCAACGCAAUUUCCACGACUAUUAUCACAAACCUGUAUGCUCCUAAGGAGAAAUAUUUUUUAUUUAUAUAUAAAUAUAUAUAUAUAUACAUAUACAUAGAAUUUUGUAACGAAUUAAGUGUAUUUUUCACGCGACUGCCUUUGUAUUGUUAAAGCCACGAAAAGUCUGCCAAAUAGCGAACGACGAAAAUAUCAAGAGACAUACGUAUGUUGAUAAUUUUCAUUCUUUAUUUUCUAUAAUAGUACCUAUAUUGUAAAAGAUCUGAUUAUAGAUUGGACAAUAAAAUAACUGUUUGUUAAACAGAGUUUGAUAUUUUCCGUCGUUGUACCAUCGCCAAACAUCGAACAUUUUUUUAAUUGGUACGUAAACAAGUGUAAGUAAAUUUAGAGGAUUGUUGAACAGGUGUAAUUAAUGAUAACGAAUGUGUUCAAAAUUGGUGGCAAAACGAUGUUAACGAGACAACAGCGAUAAAGAAUUAAUGAAAAUGUAAAAGACAGAUAAGUUACACCCUCCAAUCUACAGUUAUCUAAAUGAUAAGUUAGAAAACUCCCAAUUAUUAUGAUAGAUCUUGUUAUUCCUUGUAACUUGUAAAAAGUACUGAGUUUUAUUAGUAUUAACUAUUCCAUAAGCUAAGGAUUUGUUUCGGUCCUAUUUGUAUCCUGCCUCUUCUUCCCCUUUUCCUAGCCCCCUCUCCCCUUCUCCCAUUAUUUCCGAUCCUCAUAUUUUUUAUAAAUAAGUUAUGUCUUUUUAAACAGAUGUAAUAAUAAAGAUAAUCUAACGUUCACAAUAGGGUUGUUGUUCUGUUCUAUUGUGCUAUGCUUCCGCGUUUUAUUCCUUAAUAAAUUGUAAGCAUAGAUACCCUUUUCUCUCUCUGUUUCUAUACUUUUUCUUCCUCUUUUUUUUUUUUAAGUAUAUUACAACAGAUUUUACACAACAAUCAAAUUGUAUUAUAGCAAUAAAAGAAUAAAAACCUGA